UUAUGUGACAUUCGUGGCGAUACCGGACCACAAUUGACCACGAAGGGCACUCAAUCCGGAGCUUUUCGCCGUCGGCCCAGCGCUAAAACACCAAACUCUUAAAAAACAAUUCACAUCGUUAACAUUUAUUUGGCACAAAUUAAUUUGCGAAACGGAACUGCUCACUUAACGCAAUUGAAUGUUCAUCCAUCGCUUAUUCGUUUGUGUCGCGCGUCUCGUGCAAUGAAACUGAAUUGGCUUAAUUAAUCAGAAAUCAGCAACCGGCAUUUCAACAUUUCGACAUUUCCCCAACCGAUCUGUGUGUGCAAUUCGAACGUAAACAUUUAAUCAUGCCCACGACUCACCGAACACGUCUGCCAUGGAAUUGAAAACUUUCCCGUUGGCAACCUGACAUUUCCACUGGGCCAGGAUCCCCCGUUCCAUCGAGAGCCGCAGGAGCAGCGACAACAACAGCCACAACACUUGGAAUAUGUUGUAUAAUGUACCGUGCUAUCAAAACUUCUCAACGCUGGAUUACUACAAAGUUAAACGUCCCAAGACAGAGCACACCGAUACACAUGAACGCAACCGCCUCUGCAAUCUGUCACAGCAGCAGCAACAGCAACCCCAGCAGCAACAGACGCACCAGCAGCAGCAACAGCAACAGCAGCAGCAGCAGCAGCAGCAGCAGCAGCAAUCGCAUCCCAGCACCGUGUUGGCCAGCAAUGGACCCAGUAGCGCCGGUGCCGGUUCCGGCAUGGGUGUCGGUGUGGGCGGGGGCGGGGGCGUGGUCGGUCAGUGCAGUCCGCUGGGGCUGCCGCCGCAGAGCCAGCCGCUGCAGCCGACCAUUGGGUCGCUGGCCUCGCUGAGCGGCCACUACUCGAACGGUAACGGCAAUCCGAACGUGAAUCCGAGCAGCUGCAGCCUGGCAGCCGCCUCCGGCUUCUCGCAGUCGGCGGGCAGCAGCUUCUCCACAUAUCAGCAGGCGGCGGCCUCCUCCGGAGCCGGUGUGCCCGGCGAGGACGGCGUGGUGGGCGGGGCCACUACCAUGUCGCACUGGACGCACGACGGCUCCGGUUCCGUCUCCGGCUCCGGCUCGAGUGCGGCGGUCAAGUCGGAGUCCCGCAGUCCGGGACAGGGGCAUGCCGCACUGGACAACGGCUCUGUGGUCAGUGCGAAUCUGUACGGCUGCAGCUCGGCCAGCAAUCCCCUCGACGGCGGAGCAGCGGUGGUCAACUCCUCGGCAGUGGCAGCCGCUGCAGCGGCGGUCUACGAUGGGAAGCACGACUACUACUACUACAACAGCAUGCAGCAGUACACUCCGCCGCCGUUCUACUCCGGCUAUGGGACGCCGUACGCCGCGGCCACGGCCGCCCGUCAGGCCAAAAUGGAGCCCGGAGCGGCGGCCGCGGCGGCGGCCUAUCUCACGCCCAGCUAUGCCAGCGGAGGCAACAACAACUCGCAGCUGUACAGCAGUCCCUACGCCGGCUACAACAACUUCGGGCAGCAGGACUACGGCGGUUACUACAACGAGCAGUACGGCAACUACUACAGCCCGGCCAACUACUCACCCUACGCGGUCAGCUCGCCCAGCUCGAGUGCGAGCCACGGGCACGGCUUCCACGUGGCAGCCUCCUCCAACCUCUCGGAGAGUCCCACGGACACCCACUCGACGACGCCGGUGCACCAGACCACCCACUCGCCGCACUCCCCGCUGCCGAUCUCGCCCAGCGCCGGCAUCGGACCCCUGGCCGUACCCGCCGCAGCUCUCAACUCCAGCGGAGGAAGCAGCGUGGGCACGGUGGGAUCGGGGGGCGUGGCGGCCAGCAAGACCACGCCCACGGGCAAGACGGGGCGGGCACGAGGACGGCGCCACCAGCAGCCCAGUCCCACCAGGAGCACCGCCUCUGACACCGGCAACAGCGAGGCCGUCAAGCCGCCCGAGAGGGUCUUUGUGUGGGACCUGGACGAGACGCUCAUCAUCUUUCACACGCUGCUGUCGGGCAGCUACGCCAACCGAUACACCAAAGACCACAGCUCCCUGAUGACCAUCGCCUUCCGCAUGGAGGAGAUGGUCUUCAACAUGGCCGACACGCACUUCUUCUUCAACGAGAUCGAGGAGUGCGAUCAGGUGCACAUCGACGACGUCAGCUCCGACGACAACGGCCAGGACCUGAGCGCCUACAACUUCGCCACGGACGGCUUCCACACGAACACUCCGCCCGGAGCCCCGCCCAACCUCUGCCUGCCCACCGGGGUGCGGGGCGGCGUCGACUGGAUGCGCAAGCUGGCCUUCCGCUACCGCAAGAUCAAGGACAUCUACAACAGCUACCGGGGAAAUGUGGGCACCCUGCUGGGACCCGGAAAACGCGAGGCCUGGCUGCAGAUCCGCUCGGAAAUCGAGGUGGCCACCGACAACUGGGCCACGCUGGCGCUCAAGUGUCUGAGCAUGAUCUCCCAGCGGGAAAACUGCGUCAACGUCCUGGUCACUUCCACGCAACUGGCCCCGGCGCUGGCCAAGGUUCUGCUGUUCGGGCUGGGCGGCAUCUUCAACAUCGAGAACAUCUACAGUGCGCACAAAAUCGGCCAUGAAACCUGCUACGAGCGAAUUGUGACGCGCUUCGGGCGCAAGAGCACCUACGUGGUGAUUGGGGAUGGCAACGAGGAGGAGACCGCCGCCAAGGCCAUGAACUUCCCCUUUUGGCGCAUCUCCGCCCACAGCGACAUUCGCGCCCUCUACACUGCCCUCGACAUGGGCUUCUUAUGAAAGGCCAAACUGUAAGGGGUUCGCCCGACUCGCGAUACUAAGGCCUCAUCGGGAUUUGGGAUCGUUGUCGCAGGCUCGAAGCAGUUUUGAGUACAAACAGCAAAAUGUUUAACUAAUUUAUUUAAUAUGUGUGCGUAUGUGUGUGUGUGUGUGUGUGUGAGACAUCCUGCAAACGGAAACUGUAAACCAGCGCAAAAUAAUUUAAUUAUUUUGUUUAAACAAUUUAUACUUUAACGCCAAGACUUUUUGUAUUAUAUAGUUUUUAAACACCUAAUCGACGGUCGUAACAAUUCUCGCACGAAGUUGUUUCAAGUGUGUAAUUAAUGGACUAAUGAUUUAACAAUAUACGUAUUUAGCACCCUAGAGUAGCCAACAACAACAGACCGAUGCGCAUCCUGGCAAAAGAAUCGGAGUCACUGAUGGAUCGGAGCAAACACUACAAAAAUUAGUUUAAAGUUCUUAGUUUAAAAGCAGAAGCCUAAUUAUAAUAAUUAUAAAUAGUUCGACAAAGCCGUAGUAUUCAAAUUUUAAAUAACUAUCAUAUAGCUGCAUAUAUUAAACUAUAUUUAAAAUAUAAAUCCAAGUAAUAAAAGAGCAAAUCCAACAACAA